AUGUCGACCUCACCUUCAAAGCGCAGAUUCGCCGAAGAAACCGAUUUCACGUCCAGCAAGAAGCCCAAGGCAGUCAUGAACGGCACUCACGAGCCGGAAGACACAGAAAUAGCGGUCGAAAUGCCCAUCGUGGACCCGAGCGCGCCUCCAGAUUCCCACAUCGACCAUGCCGCCGCAAUCGCUUACUGGUCGAGCACACCCGCAACAGUCGAUGGAGUGUUGGGAGGAUUUCCCCAAGUCAGUCGUAUCGAUCUUCAAGGGUCGGCGAACUUCCUCGCGAAGCUACUGAGGCAGUCCAGACAUCAUACCCAAGCAGGAAAGCUUAGGAGGGUAGCAGAUUGCGGCGCGGGCAUCGGCAGGGUAUCCAGAGGCUUCCUCAGCAACGUCGCAGAGGUCGUGGACAUCGUCGAGCCCGUGAAGGCUUUCACGGACCAAGUAAAAGACGAACCGUACGUCGGCAAGGUCUACAACGUCGGAUUGGAGAAGUGGCAGCCAGAGGUCAAAUACGACGUGGUCUGGAACCAGUGGUGUGUUGGGCAGCUUACGGAUACGCAAUUGAUUGCAUAUCUGCAGCGUCUGCCACAGAGUCUCACGGAAGGCGGCUGGAUUAUCGUGAAGGAGAAUCUGAGCAACCACCACCUGGGCGAGGAUGUCUUUGACGAGACCGACUCCAGCGUCACCAGGACCGAUGUCAAGUUCCGGCAGCUCUUUGAGGAUGCGAAUCUCAGACUGGUUAGCACAGAGCUGCAGAAAGGGUUCCCGAAAUCGCUGUAUCCGGUGCGAGCGUAUGCAUUGCAGCCAAAGUGA